AUGGAUCCCCUCAGUCUUACUGCAAGCACUAUUGGCAUCACGCAAUUUGCCAUCGAUAGCAUCGUCCGACUCCGUGAAUUUAUCGACAAUGUCGCCGAAGCUAAAGAGGUGGUUCAAGACAUUGUUUCAAACCUAGAGGACGUACAGCGUCCGUUGGCCGCUCUAGAAGAACUCACCAUUUCAGACCGGAAGACUUACGCCGCAGCCAAAGCCGAUCUGGAGAACACUGGUGUCGGCGAGGCUGUGAACAAGUGCGGUCAGGCAUGCGCUGACUUUAUGGACAACCUGAAGCAAUGGACGAAACAUUCCAGCGACCAGAAAUUUUCACUCAGAGAUCGCUUUUCAGUCGGAAUAUGGAAUAAAGAGAAAAUUCGGACAUUUCGAAUGCAAGUUCAGUCUUGCCAGGCUACGGUCCAAUUCGCCAUUGCAAGUACCCAGCUAAUCGUUCAACUCCGCUCUGAAUAUAAGCUGCAGACUGAUAGCGAGAAACUAAGGACGAAACUACAGGCUCUCGAGGACAAAAUUCAGGAGCAUAUAAAUCUCACCAAGAAUCAGCAAGAUGAAGCACAAAGGCGUAGGCAGGAGCUCCAAAGGGAGCCAGCCGACGAAGAAGAUGGUGGCGCACAGCGGACUCUCGCUCUUCAGGAGGUUGAAAAGCAGUCGCGCUUACUAGAGGCUGACCAAGUUUCCUCUGCAGUGGUAUUCUACCAGGUGCGAUCCGAACGGACGGGCCAGGAUAUUGGUAACAUCAGGACUUCUGAUGAUUCAAGGGCUUUAGUAGGAUUGCCGGAGAGUGUCGUCGGAAAAGUCCACCAGCGGAUCAAAGACGUAACGACUCACAACAAUUCUGCUGCAGCUGUGGGAGUUUUCGAUAAGAGUGUUGAUAUGAGAGACUUCUUCAAGAAGACAUUAUAG